AUGCCGGAUGCACCGGAUAUCGUAGCACCACAGCCAGCUGCCACAACUGUGGUUGAAGAUAAACCAAGUUUACGCGAAAAACCGCAAAAACCCAAUAGCAUCGCUAAAGAAAGCUCUACACAGCCAGAUAUUGCGCCAAGUGCGGAUGCUACUUCUACACAAGAUGUGAUGCCAAAGACACAAAUAACGACUCGGGCGAAGUCUCCCAAAAAAGGAUCCGCAACCCCCGAGAAACCCCAGCCAGAAAAACCAGUACGUUUGGAGAAAACCCCGAAUUUACCUCCCCAGGUACAAGACAAACCAGCGAAGGAGAAGAAAGAGAAAAGCGCUACGGCAGAGGAAAUGGAUGGAUCAAAGAAGGCAAAGAAAGACAAGACGUCUACGGAUAUCCCUCCCGAGCGCAUGACGGCUGAGUUGGUUAGACAGACCGGUCUUAAG